UCCUUUGGCACAUUUUCGCUGCUUCUGAAUUUCCUUUGGCUUUUAAAAAAAAAAAUGUAUGUCUAUCAAUAUCGCUAAAUUUUAAGAUGACGUCAGAGGAGGGCAAUAAGAAUACUUAUUAUUGUUUGUUAGCUAAGUUGUUUAUUUGUUUUGAUUCUUUAGUGUGCACUUUGCAUUUCUUCUUAGCUCUUGUUUGUAAUAAAUAAAGGUGCAGUUCUAUACUGUAGAACUGUUCAGAAGUCUCGAGUGGGAGAAGCACUGUGCGUCUGUUACUAUGACGACAGAGUCAAUGUGUUUGCCUGCUAGUUGAGAGCAAACAUGAACUGAGACUCAGCGUGAACUAUGAGCGCCUCUGCAAUCAUCCCUCAACAGAGGACCCCGUUGUUGCCUGAUAUAAGUACCUCGAAAAUCUCUGCGAAAGACCGGAAAACCAGGCCGCAAACUCAGAAAAAGCAAAGCCCCCCCGCAGACAACAGCAAUGAUCAAACUACACGCGUUACAAAGGAUGAAAUAUCACUCUACCGUAACUCCCAGCGGCAGAAUGUGUGUGUGGCAAUGCUGCGCGAGGGCUUCCAUCGCUCCUUCGAGGAGCUCUUUUCCCUGCUGCAGCGCUUUGAGGAAGCGCGGCAGGCAGGGGGGCCAGACAACCCUCUCUGGUACUUGCCCUCCCUACAGGAGCAGCCGGAGAAGCUGCUCACCUUGCAGACGCACCUGACUAGGGCCGAGACCGCAUUCAGAGCUGGAAACUUUGCGAAGGUAUAUGAGGAGCAGUUGGCUCUGGCGGGAUAUUUUACGGGUCCAGGGGAGGACUGGCUAAGCCUGUAUUUCCACCAGGUGGCGCUUCGCUCCGCCCAAAGGGUUAGACUUGACGGUGGCCGCAAGGAGGCAGAGGCCAACGCCAACCUGGCCAGGGUCUACUUAGAGCAAGGGCAGCUGGACUUGGCGAAGGAGCACUUUGAGGUGUUCCACUGCCUGUCCAAGGAGCGUCCGUGGUGGGACGCGACUGGUCGGCCGCUGCAGCAGUGUGCCUGUGAGGGACUGUGUGCCGUGUACACCCAACUGGCCCAGGGGGCGCUGCAGAGCCAAGAGUAUGAGCUUGCCAUAGAGAUUCUCAGCAAGGCCUUCAACAUAGCCAAAGAAGCUGAUGAUGAGGAGAUGCAAGGGAAGGUGGCUUAUUGGGUGGGGCUGGCCUAUCAUAGGGUAGGAGACCCAAAGACCGCUAAAGAAUACUUGACUAUGUCUCUGAAUACCAGUACGGUACUAGGUGACACUGAAUGUCAGGGAAGAGCGUACAAAGCUAUUGCCAAAUCACUGGAGAGUGAUGGAAAACUGGAAGAAGCUGUGCAACAUCUGGAGAAGUUUGCAGAAGUCUCCCGUAGCAACAAGCAGCAAGAGAAUCUUGAAGAGGCCUGCAUGAGUAUGGGAAUAAUUUACUCCAACAGGGGAGAAUAUGAGCGUGGAGUGGAGUAUCUACAGCAGGCCUAUGAGCUAGCGAAGAGUGUGUGUAAUGUCGGGAGGCUUCAGCAAGCUCAGGUGUGUGUGGGUGUGACUCGUGCCCAGCGCAUGCUCCCUUCUUUCUCCGCACACACCAACAAUGGUAACCCUGACGACAUACAGCGCAUCAUCACUUGGAAAGACAGACGCCAGGAUGCAUAUGACUACUCAACAGUGGGGAAGAAAUAGGAGGAAGGAAGAGAUAAGAAAAGAAAAUCAGAAAACGGAAGCGAGGCUUGGCUGCAAACAACUUAUUAAGCAAACGAUCAAAUGAAGUAUGAAUGAAGGCAUCUUUUCUACACAAUAAAAACAACAAAGUUGUAGUUGUACUUACGGUUUACCGAACACAUUCCUAGUCUCAUCUAUCAUGUGGCACGCAGUGAAGUAAGUGCGGUCUUUGCUGCCCAAUAGGCUCUGUGAUGCAAACAUCCUUGCAUCUCAACGCUAGUUUUAAACUGAUGAAAGUUUGCCUAAUUUCCUCUAAAUGAGACAUUUUAUAUGAGAUCCCACAGUGUUUAUUUGAAAGCAAUGUUUUUUUUGUAUCAUAAUACACACACACAUUGGUGGCAGGUUUCUACAUGUCUGUCUGUCUGUCUCUCUCUCUUUCUCUCUCGUCACACACACACAUACACACACACACUUUGUGAGAAUCAGACAAUAAAACUGUUUAAAUUGAAAA